AUGGAUCGUCCGAAGAGGGGUGCCGCCAAGGCCACGUCACCGCUUUCGAAGACGUCGCUCUCUCAGGACACCGAUCACAUCCUCUCCUCGUGGCACCGAUUCGUGCGACGCCGGGACCUUGAUGAGCUCCGAGCUGCUACCGACCAGAGGAAAUGGCGGCCGGGCCAACGCGCCGGUCCGCUUGCCACGUCCCAGAGGGACGCCGCGCUUCGUUACCUCUCAGCGUAUCCCUACCCGGCGGACGAAACGCUCUCCUCCCAGUGCAGCACGGACAAUUCCGAUGAAUCCCAGGUUCCCGUGGGCCAGAGCCUCUGCUACGCGUUGCUCGUUAUUCUGACCGGCGUAGUGGCGUUGUCCACAGGUGUCGUGCUGGUCAGGCUGGUGCCCGCUGCCACGAAUUCGUCAAAGACAUUUCUUGUACGAAAUGUCAGUGCCCCCAGCGCAAAAGUGAGACUUCGUGACAGUUGCCUUCCAAGUGUUACGGACACUGGAUCCAUCCUACAGGAGGCGGAGCCGUCGACGGCCAGCAGCGGCGUCUCCGCCGGAGAGACCAACUGGAUGGGCACCCUAACCCGGAUGCUGGUCUUUUCGGUGCUGCUCAUCGCGCUGCUGGUCGCGUCGCUGCUGCUGGGACGCACCAGCGCCUGGCUGGGCGAGCACGACGAGGCGGCUGGUCAGCCGGCGGACCAGCAGCACCUGUCACCAUUGGCGGCGGGUGUGGCGUCGGGGAGGGGCGGCGUCGGAUCCUGGUUGCACGCGAAUGCAUCGCGGCCACUCGCAGCUGGCGCAAAAGACGAUGCUCGAAGAAGACUUAACUCUAACGAGGUGACCAAGAGGACAUCCACAGAGGAAGUGGAAACGACAGAGGCUGUGACUAGCACGCCAGCGGAUAUGCCUCAUCUCGCUUCACGGCGGGCUAAGCGAAGGAAGUUUUGCGGACCCUUCUCCUUCGUGUUCUGCCAGUCGCCGGAGCACGAGUUCUACUUCGAUGCAUCUCAAGGAGCGUGCGUCUCGGUAGCUGACCAGGAGGCGGCCGCCCUGUGUAACCGAGGGGCCAACAAGUUCACGUCACUGGCCAGCUGCGACGCCGCCUGCGGUGCAAAUGCGAACACCGUGGAAUCAAAAUGCCACGAAGAUGUUCUGUUCACUGAAUGCAAGAGUGAGGACGUCGUGGGCCCGCUCUGGUUCUUCAACGGCGAUCAGUGUCGACCGUGGAACUUCCCGGGUGGUCUCUGCCCGGCCGCGAAUGACAGCAGAGGCAAUUUGUUCCCCACGUCCGAAGAGUGCUGGCGCUCCUGCCGCGAGCUCAGUUCACGCACCACCGGCUGUCGAGUCCCCAGGGAGGAGCGCUGCGCACCGGAAAGGCUGAAACAGCCGUACUUCGCCCACAUGGCUGCGUCGGGUGUGGCCGAGCGAUGUGUGAAAGCCACGGCCCAGAUACUUGCCCGCCGUCUGUGCCUCUCGGGCAAGAACCGCUUCAGCGCAUUGGAGGCUUGCAGAAAAGCUUGCGUGUGACGACAGUGCGUGGCGUGCCAGCGCUUCUCCAGAAUUCAUACACGGUUCUCCGACUCGGCUGCCCAAUCGCGCUGAUAAUUAUUAAAAAUUUGUCAUCCCCGCCCCUUUCCUCAGCCACUCUAUCCUAGUAGGUUUAUAUAUUGUAGAGCCAUGAACUACCGAUAAGCUAUUUUCUUCCAACAAUGGUUCCUUGGUAAAGGAAUCGCGUUAUGGGGGCGGGUGUCCUCAUGGGAUAUUUAUUGACGUGACCAGCUUUUUCAUAUGUGCCUUUUCAUGAAUCCUAUAACUUUGAACAACAAAAAGACGAAUAAAGCCAAGAAAUAGGUUAUA